AUGCGGACCGUCAUCACUCUCGCUUCGGUUCUUUUCGCAGCACAAGCUUCAAAGCUGUGCCUACAGGUGCCCUGCAUCCCACAGGCCAUUGAUGCGGACUUCACCUUUCUCGUCGACGUUUCUAACGUUGUCUCAGCUAACGACUUCGUGAAAAUCAAGAACUGGCUACUCGACUUCACAUCACAACUCACAUUGUCGAAGUAUGACUCGCAGGUCACCAUUUAUACUUACGCCACGAGUGCUAAAUCGUAUGGUAGCUUGUCGUCAAGUGUCAACAGAACGAAUCUUGUCAACUCGAUCAACGCAAUUGCACAUGACAACACUAGUGACCGUAACCUUUACCAAGCUCUAGUAAAAGAAGAAUCCGAAGUGGAGGCAUCGAGCGGAUUUCGCUACGGAUACAAACACAUCAUGGUUGUUGUAUCUGCCGACGCAUGGACUGGAACAACGGUGCUAGGUAGCUCGAUUCUUGCACAAAUCACAAGAAAGUAUGAUAUGCUGCUUGCCGUCGGAUUUGGUGGUAAAUCCGUCCAAAAUCAAGCAACAGCACUGCCGCAGUUCACCGGACAACCUAGCAACGUCUUUUACUCUUUCAACGGCGAUCAACUCCAAUUCGUAACUCAGUGGAUUUACAUCAACGGAUGCCCUGGCAUUGGAAUGCCCUCAACAACAAUGCUUCCCACAUCUCCAAUUCCUAGCCAGGAUCCAUCCGUACCAUGCCAGCUUUCGGGCCUCAAUUACGAUAUUUACCUGAUCGUUGACACCUCUUCCGCUAUAAGUGCUAGUGAUUUCGCUCAACUCAAACAAGCACUGAUCGACUUCGUGAGUCCAAACGCUAUUGGCGACGGCAAAACACAAUUCGCAUUGGUGGCGACUGCUAUUGAUUCCGAGCUUUACGGUACGAACUUCCACAGUGGACAAGACAGGCAAACAUUGAUCGACACUAUCAAAACACUUUCACAAGAUGGAUCACAAGGACAAACGCUCAAGCUCUCACUGCAAGCCAUCACUAACACAUUUCUUUCAAAGAACUACUCCACUAAGAACAAGCUGAUCGUUUACAUCACUGGAACAACAAGUUGGGACACUGAUCCGAUCCAAUACAUGAAACAGCUGGCACAAACCUACGGUGUGAAAGCAGUCGCGGCACAGUGGACGUCUGGAGCAAGCAUUAGUUCGUUGUCUUCGUUCGUUGGUGGUUCUUCAUGCACGAAUUCCGUUUCUAAUCGCGCUAACCUCGCAGCUUGGAUACAAACGAAAAUGUGCAGCCAAUCAUUCUGUCUUUAA